AUGAACGGUGGAGGCAACCAUUGCCGGAUGUCCGCUGAGCUGUUCGCGUCCCGACCGCCGUGCGUGCAGAGUUCUCCAUUGAAACGAGGCAGCCCGGCUCCUCGUUGGCGAUGGGGCGGGCUUUGCUGCAGGUUUGACGACUCCAUGAGCAUGGGCUCUCCAGUCUCCACUGGCCAUCGCAAGCAACAGCAAACAUCUGUUUCUAGAUUGGUGCGGCAGGUGGAGGAAUUAGAGAAGGAAGUGCAGAAGGAGAGGGAGCUUCGGACAGUGUACAAGAAGAGAAUGGAGAGAACCCAGGAUUACCUCCGGUACUGCCUUCAGACAGCCAAAGACAACGGCUUUCUUCAGCUAAUUGUCCGCCAAAAGCGCCACGACGACGACAAACAAAGCAGCACGAACAACAACAACAAUUCCAGCGAUGACAGUAACAUUAGCAAUAACAAUUCUAACCAAGGAGAAGAGGUCCUUCUGUCUCCUCAACUCUACAAUGGCACUGGCAGUCCUCAGUUUCUCACUACAACUUUGGUGGAAACUCGCUCUGAUGUUUCGAUCGUGGCUGAUCAGGCCAGGAUCAAUGGUUGGCUCAUUGAGCCACAUGAGCAGAAUUCGGAUUUUAUAUUGACCCGCCAUUUUAUAACCUCGUCACAGAUCGAGCUGCGAGAGAAGAUAGGCCGGGGGACCACCGCGGAGAUAUACAGGGCCACAUGGCGGGGCGUCGACGUGGCGGUCAAGUGCAUCUUCCCCGACUUCUUCCACGCCAACCCGAGCGGCACCGCAUUCUUCGCACAGGAGCUCGAGACCCUGUCGCGGCAGCGGCACCGGUUCGUGCUGCAGCUGAUGGGCGCGUGCAUCGACCCGCCUGAGCGCGCGUGGAUAGUGACCGAGUUCCUGGGCUCAACGCUCAAGGAGUGGCUCCACGGGCCCGGGAGCCGGAGGGCGGGGGAGAGGGCGAGGCCAUUGCCUCCGCUCGCCGAGCGGUUGAGCCUGGCCUUGGAGAUAGCCCAGGCGAUGCAGUAUCUGCACGAGCAGAAGCCCAGGGUGAUCCACAGAGACUUGAAGCCCAGCAACAUCUUCCUGGACGACGCGAUGCAUGUGAGGGUCGCUGACUUUGGGCACGCCCGGUUCCUGGGAGAUGAGGAGCUGGCGUUAACCGGCGAAACAGGGACUUAUGUGUACAUGGCGCCGGAAGUGAUACUGUGCGAGCCUUACGACGAGAAAUGUGACGUGUACAGCUUCGGGGUCGUGCUCAACGAGCUCGUCACCGGCGAACACCCUUUCAUCGAGACCGAUUUCGGGCCUGCCCAGGUACUACGUUUCAUGGUUCAAUGUAGUAAAAAAUCUUCCCCAGUUUCGAACCGCAGCAGCUAUUGUCUAUUGUGGACUUUUUGACAUUGUCUCAUGCAAGACAGAUUGCGGUGGGAGUAGCAGAAGGCAGGCUCAGGCCUGCGCUUCCGGAGGACGAAAAUGGCCAACUUGAAGACCUCGUCCAGCUCGUUUGCCUCUCUUGGGACCAAGACCCUUCAAUUAGACCGCCCUUUUCCGCAAUUACUCGCAAUUUGAGAGUAAUUAAGCAGACGCUCAAUGAAGGUGUUGCGAUUUAGAGAGUGAUUAA